AUGUACACGUCGGCCGCCGGUUCCGACCUCUGCACCCCCCGCCGACUCCAGCAGCCCACCAGGCUUCCGCCUCAGGUCCCCUCCCCCGCCGCUACCCGGCUCUCAAUCCCCCACCGACGACCGUCCAGAAUGCCGCCGCAUGCGCCCUACGCGUGCCAGCCACGCUGCGAGCGCGCUCUCGCGCUCGACGAGCUGACGCGUCACGUGCGCGUGCACACGGGCCAGAGGCCGUUUCAGUGCCGCAUCUGCAUGCGCAGCUUCAGCCGCAGCGACCACCUGACCACGCACAUCCGCACGCACACCGGGGAGAAGCCCUUCGCCUGCAGCGAGUGCUGCCGCAAGUUCGCCCGCAGUGACGAGCGCAAGCGGCACGCUAAGAUCCACCAGAAGCAACGGGAGGGCCGGAGCUCCGCCCCCUCUGUCAGCGGGCCCCGCCCCUACUCCUCGCCCUGCUCCUCCUAUUCCUCCCCCUCCCUCUCCUUCACCUCCUCCUGCUCCUCUCCAGUGGGGAGUCUUCAGUCCAACGUUCACCGUGACCUUUGACCUGGAACUGGAACUCUGCCCUUGUGUGAACAGACAAGGUCAAAGGUCAAACACAUGAACGUAAAACACAGAGGAGAAGAGACUCUUACGAAUGUGCAGAGUACUUUUAUAAGUGUACAUAAUGUCUACAUGUAGUAUAAAGUACAUGAACGUGUACCUACUGAGUAGGUUAGGGGAUCUUUUUCAUGUUUUUAUACUCAAUGUAUUUUUACAUCAACGAGUCAUGAGAAUAAAAUGUCAACGCUG